AUGGCCGCCUCCGUGGCUGCCCAGGGUAGGAGCCUGCUGUGUGCUGGCACUGCUUGGCUGCGGCAAGGAGGCAUCCGAGAGCUACUGCGGCCGCGAAUUGAAGGGGGCACCCCGGGGCGUGACUUCAGUCUCUCUCAUUGUCGGAGCACGGUCAUCGUGGAGCGCUGGUGGAAAGUGCCGCUCGCCGGGGCGGGCCGGAAGCCGCGCCUGCACCGGCGACACCGCGUUUACAAACUGGUGGAGGACACGAAACACCGGCCCAAAGCCCCCCUGGAGCUCAUCCUCACGCAGUCUGUGGACGAGAUUGGAGUGCGGGGCGAUCUGGUCUCGGUGAAGAAGUCUGUGGGUCGCAAUAAACUCCUUGCUCAGGGGCUGGCUGUGUAUGCCUCCCCUGAAAACAAGAAGCUGUUUGAAGAGGAGAGAUUGCUGAGACAAGAAGGAAAACUGGAGAAGAUCCAGACAAAGGCAGGAGAGGCGACAGUGAAAUUUCUGAGAAGCUGUCAUCUAGAGGUGGGAAUGAAGAACAACGUCAAAUGGGAGCUAAACCCUGAAAUAGUUGCCCGUCACUUCUUCAAGAAUCUUGGUGUUGUGGUUGCCCCACAUGCUCUGAAGUUACCAGAGGACCCUAUCACGCGGUGGGGCGAGUACUGGUGUGAUGUGACUGUAAAUGGACUCGACACUGUAAGGGUUCCUAUGUCCGUAGUGCUCUUUCAGAAGCCAAAGACCAAAAGAUACAAGCACUGGUUAGCUCAACAAGCUUCCAAGAGCAUGGCUCCCGCAAGCUCCCAGGAUGUCUGAAUGUCCUCUGCCUCCAAGACAAGCAGUCAGAAGAGUGUUGGAGCGAAGCAGGCCAGCACUUCAGGGUGUCCCAGCCCCGAGCAAGCAUGGAUCAUAGAGAACAUGGACUCAGCAGUAGACUGAACUGCACAUACAUGUAAGGCUGGCUGUGUUUGUCAUCUCUGUCGUCAGUGUCGUCACAGCCAGCUGUAUCAGAGGGGUCUGCAGGCAGUAGAUUUCAUAAGCCGAGUGUCCGUGAACUGAAAGUCUCCUUAGCCCUUCCUUCCAUUGUGGAGGGCAUGGGAACGAGUGAAGGGCCCAGCCGUGUUCUAACAAUCUGUAUUCUCGUCCAGACCGUGUUUCGUGCAGAAAUAAAGAGCUGUUUAACUGCA